GUACGAACCCGCGCGACCUCUCUCCCGAGUCUACUACUCUACCCGGCCAGCCCCCUCCCCUGUUUUCCUUCCCAUCUCAUCACAAGCAGAAGAAAAUCGAGAUAACGAGAGCUAGGGUUUUGAUUCCAGUACUCACGCCGCAUCCUGUCUCCUUCUGCCCCUCCCUCUCGGCACCGCCUCCGCCCCCUCAUUCUCUCUCGCGUCAUCCGGCGGAGGCUCGAGGAAACUGAGGCCGGGAGCGCCCCGAAGAAUAUUCUCCACCCAGUCGCCGACACCCCUGCGCGCGCGAGAAUGGUAGGGCUGGAGAGGCUGCCGAUGUGGUAUUGAAGAGGGAUUUAGAUGCAUGAAUUUUGUGUUCGUAACGUGGAUUGGUGUGGGGUGGGAGAGGCUCCUUUGCCGGAUUGGCCAGGUUACCAUUGUACUGUUGUAGCUUGGCAGUUGGUUGACUGUGUGACAACUUUGAGCUAUGUCAUAUUACGAAAGAAGGGGUGGAGACAGGGGUAGUGGCCGUAUUCAAGGAAGUGGUGGGCGAGGUGGACAUGUCCUGCGUGGAAGAUCAGGAUUGGCUCCCCGAGGACCUCUUGGGGUUAACUCCCGUCCAUCUGCACGCACUAUUGCUAAGGCAAGGCCAAACCUGUCACUAUGUUUUUGUUCAUGGUCAGGUUCCUGACUAAAGUAGAAACUGAAUGGGGAGAGCAUGCCUAAGCUUACAUUAUAUGGAGGGGCAGGAGUAUCUGUGAUGUCUGUGACUAAUGUGUUCUCUGUCAGUAUUGUUUGGAGGCUUGGAGGGGCAGAUGCAACUUUGGUAGAAAUUUUGCAGUAGAUCAUAAGGUUGAAUUUAUUGAGGGGCAGAAGUAAAUGGUGGUCAUCUCUAAUGGGAAUUUUGUUGGAACACCACCAUUUCUUCAAACAUAUGGAAGGAAAUAGAUGAAAAAUAAAGCUGGCGGACUCCAGUUUGAUGUGUCUAAAUCAUGAUAUGCUGAAGGGAAGACUCCAUCAAUCUUCUUGCCAUAUAUGGAAAUUGCAAUGUGCCCCUUAUUCAACAGUUCUGGAUUCCAUACUCCCAUGGAAGUUCUUCUAGUCUGCUUCCAUAGCAAGUGCACAAGCCAUUUGUCUCCUGGACUUUUGUGAUAUUGUCAUUUAGCAGAACCAAAGACAUGACAUGGCGACCUGAUCUAUUUAGUGAUAGCAUGGCGGCUAGUGGAAUAGAAACUGGUACAAAAUUGUACAUUUCAAACUUGGACUAUGGGGUCUCUAAUGAGGAUAUAAAGGAGCUGUUUUCGGAAGUUGGUCAUUUGAAACGCUUUGCUGUUCACUACGAUGGUUAUGGCCGCCCAAAUGGCACUGCAGAGGUGGUGUUUACACGGAGGAGCGAUGCAAUUGCUGCACUGAAGCGUUAUAAUAAUGUUCUACUUGAUGGAAAAGCUAUGAAGAUAGAAGUCAUCGGAAAUGACUUAGGAUUGCCUAUGACACCUCGUAUAAAUGUUGUUGGGGCUUCUAAUGGCAGAGCUACAAGAACAGUUGUUAUGACGCCUGAGUUUAGUCAACGUGGCAGAGGUUCAAGCAGUAGACCUCUAAGUAAUCCCAGCAACAGGUUUAAUAACCGUGGUGGUUUCCAAGCUGGUCGAGGCCGUGGCCAGUUCCAGAGCUGGGGGAGAGGCCGUGGUCAGUUCCAGAGCCGGGGGAGAGGCCGUGCCCAGUUCCAGGGACGAGGGAGAGGCAGGAAGCCUGAGAAGACUGCAGAUGAGCUGGAUAAAGACCUGGAAAGCUAUCACGCGGAGGCAAUGAAAACCGAUUGAUUGCAAGGCCGGUAGUGCCACAAGGUUGUGGUUUUAUCCAUCAUUUUCUGGGAGCAACGAACAUGCUUUGUGCUUUGGUUUCAGGAGACUAGACUCUUGUAGUAAAUUCGAACAAAAGAUUGCCAGUUUGUAGUGUUUGCAUGAAGUUUGCAACCUGAUGUGUUUAUUUUUGUAUCGGUUGCUUUGGAGAUUGUGUUAAUUUUUAGGUUCAUGCUUAGAAUAACCGUAAUUGGCCAAAACAUGCACCCGGCCCUGUUCCGCUCUGCGAUGUGCCUUCGCAGCAUUGUGUUAUUUUUAGCA